GCUGGGCUGUUCCAAAGUUAUUUCUGACAUGAAUCACAGAAUGACACAGAUUCAGAAACAAGCUGAGACACAGAGAGAUUGAGAGCACAAGCACAGAGAAACUGAAAAGGAAAAGAGAGAUUGAUUAGGAGGGCAGGCAGAAAACUAUGUGUUAACAAAGGAACAGAGCUCUGAAGUGGAGAGCAGAGAGUUGUGAUCAUUUGCAAUGUCCGUCUGCAAGGUGUGUUUGGUAUUUCUGAUCUGGUGCCAGGUUUUAAAUCUUUCAGCAGCAGAGAAUGAAGAAUCUGCGAUUGACGAUGGGAACCGUGGAAAUGGAAAAGUGCUCGCUGUCCCCAGUAACAGACCCACCAGUCAUUCACCAGGAGCUGGGUGGGAGACCAAGAUUAAAGGAGCUACUUCAGGUGAACAAAGAACUGCUUCAGGCAUGGUAUCCAAGCCACAUCAGGAUCUCAGUGAUUCUAGAGGGAAAGGAUUUAACACUAGACCUCGACCGGAAUAGAUUCCUCUUGCCUAGAGGAUUCCAGGUGUCGCACUAUGAUUCCAAUGGGACUCUGGUGACAGAGAAUGACACUGAAAUGUACCUGUACCUGGAUCGUAAUAAGGAAGCUGUGGUGCGGAGAAUGAUUAACGUUGCUGGUACCGUGGACAUGUAUUACAGACCAUUUAACAUUCGGGUUGCUCUGAUUGGUGUGGAGGUUUGGACCACCAACCAGAUCACCAUCGACAGGAGUGCUUCGAGAACCUUGAACCGUUUCCUUCACUGGAGGAAGAAGACCCUCCUCCCACGACUGCACAAUGACAAUGCCCAUCUUGUCACAAGGUCCUCCUUUACAAAUGGCGUUGCCGGUUUGGCACCAGGUAAUGGUAUAUGCACCGUAGACAAUUCUGGAGGAGUAAACACGGUGAGCACCCAUUCUCUACCCGCUCCUCAUGGGUUCUAUCACACUGCUGUGGUUAAACAAGAUUGA